AUGUGGGAGUUCCGGUCCAUGUCGUUCUGGCGGGCGGUGUUCGCCGAGUUCUUCGGCACCAUGUUCUUCGUGUUCUUUGGGCUGGGAGCGGCGCUGCGCUGGACCACCGGGCCCCACCACGUGAUGCAUGUGGCCUUCUGCUUCGGGCUGGCGGCCGCCACGCUCAUCCAGUCCAUCGGCCACAUUAGCGGCGGCCACAUCAACCCGGCCGUCACCUUCGCCUACCUGAUCGGCUCGCAGAUGUCCCUGUUCCGCGCUGUCUUCUACUGGGCCGCCCAGGUGCUCGGGGCCAUGGCUGGCGCCGCCGUGCUCUACGGGGUCACGCCCAGCAACAUGCGCGGCACCCUGGCGCUCAACACGCUGCAGCCAGGCGUCAGCCUUGGCAUGGCUACAACGGUUGAAGUCUUCCUCACGCUGCAGCUUGUGAUCUGCAUCUUCGCCGUGACAGAUGACAGGCGCAACGGACGCAUCGGCUCCGCGGCUCUGGCCAUCGGUUUCUCUGUCACCAUUGGGCACCUGAUGGGGAUGUACUACACUGGAGCCGGAAUGAACCCUGCCAGGUCUUUUGCCCCCGCUGUUCUGGUCAGAAACUUUGCGAAUCACUGGGUAUACUGGGUGGGCCCCAUGAUUGGAGGAGCCAUGGGAGCCCUGCUGUACGAUUUCAUGCUGUUCCCUCGUUUCCGGGGUCUGUCCGAAAGACUGGCCACCUUGAAGGGCAGCAGACCCCCCGAGGCUGACAACCAACCGGACACCCGCAGCGAGCCCAUCGAGCUCAAGACGCAAGCCCUAUAA